CGGACCUGGGUGCUGCUGGCUGCUAGCAAGGGCCAGUGAAAGCCAGCGCUAAAAGGGGAUGCCAGGAGCAAAGGAAAGAAAGCCAAAAGCUAAAGGAGCCCCCCUGACUGUCAGUCCGAUUCUCCAGAGGUUCCUGAAAACAUAUGAGAAGCACUGCGCACAGACCCGCACGGCCGUGUGUCCCGCCAUCAAGAGGGACCUGAAAGCCAGCAUCAGCGAUGAACGGAUGCUCCGCAAGUUUGUACUUGUGAGAUCAGAGGAUACCUCGCCGAGUCUCCUGCCCAUUUCCUUGGAACCUUUGCUCCUGACGGUUCGAGAUGAGGGCUACACACUGUGGAGAGAGCUCUGCGUUUGGGGGCUGCAGCUGAGCAACCCAGAGGUGGCCAGGCUUGCUUUGCUUCUAGAGUCAAGGGGGCGUCCCCGCUGCUCACUUAGCACCCUAGAACUCAUCGAUUGCAGGAUGGACUCCUGGUCUCUAGGGCGACUGGGGCUGGCCCUGCAGUUCAGUGGUUUGCGUUCUCUGGUCCUAGACUACUUCAAAUGUGGAAAGGAAGAGCUGGAGAACCUUUGCUCAGGGCUGAAGAGCAGCCGCCAGCUCCGAGAACUCAGCCUCCGAUUCUGUGGUCUGGGGCCCCAGAGCGGGCCUGGGCUCGGCUCCCUGGCACAAGGAAGCACUGUUUGCAUACUGCAUCUGGAUGGUAAUAACCUGCAGAGCUCGGGAGCCCUGGCCCUGCUCAGGCCCUUAGCGGAAUUCGCAGAGACCCAGGGCACAGCGCAGCCAGCCAAGUCCUCUGACACCCCACAGCUGCUCCAGGCUGGAGAGAGAGGACAGCCAACUCUGAGCCACACCACAGCCUUAGCUGAAGCCUUAUCCACAAAGACUGCAUCAGGGAAGAAGAAAACAAAGAAGAGAAAAAAAGCAAUCAAGAAAAAAGUGGAAGAUCUGGCUGAAACUGGCCCUUGGCUAGUGAAAUUGCACCUGGCAGAUAACGGCAUAGAUGGAAAAGGAAAAGGAGGAGAAAGUGGCCUGUUGGAAUUCAUUCAGAUUUUAACAUGCCUGAUCACACACUCAACUCACUUAAGGGAACUUGACCUUGGAAACAAUGUUGUGGGAGAAAAGGCAGCCGUUGGCAUACUAGAAGCCCUGAGAGCCAGGAAGACAGGUAAACUUCCCAUCUUAAAAAUUAAAGUUACUCCUCAGAUCUCUUCAGACACCUUCAGAUCUAUAUGGAAAAACAGCAAGAAAUCUAAAAUGACACUUAAAAAGAAGAAAAAGGUUAAAAACUGAACAUAAGGCCCUGGAGAUAGCUCAGCCUGUUAAAGCACCAAUGUUCAUGCCCAAGGCCUCAGAGGCCAAAGGUCCAGUCUCUGAUACCACUUUAUGCCAGAAGACAGAGACAUGUUCUGGUCCUUUCUAUCUCCCUCUUCGCUUUCUCUCUUUCCUAGUAAAUAAACAUUUUUAAACCAAA